AUGUCUAAGAGAGCUGCUGAAUCCUCCGAGGAGCAGGAUGCUGCCCUCAAGGCUGGCGACCGCCCAAUGCUCGAUGCUACUCCCGACGAAGUGGGGGAGUUCGAGGACGAGUACGAGGAUGAGUUCGAGAGCGAGGAUGAGAUCCUGGAGGCUGGUGUCGACGGUCGCCCGGAUGCAGAGCGUGAGGAGGAAGAGCGAGAGGGCAUGGAUGUCGACAAGCAGACUUUCAUUCCUGGACGGACAAAAUUGGCACCCGGAGAGACUCUUUCGCCCGAUCCUUCAACCUACGAUAUGCUUCACACUCUUACCACAACAUGGCCGUGCCUUUCCUUCGACAUUGUGCGCGACUCGCUCGGCGACAACCGGAAGACAUUCCCUGGAACAGUCUAUGCCGUCGCCGGUACUCAGGCAGAGGGAUCCAAAGCCAAGGACAACGAGUUGAUGGUUUUGAAGAUGAGCGGAUUGAGCAGAAUGGAGCGCGAUGGAGAGGACUCGGAGAGUGACGAGGACUCGGACGACGAUAUGGGUGAACCCAUUCUUGAGCACAAGUCCAUUCCAUUGGGCUCAACGACAAACCGCAUUCGUGCUCACCAGACUCCGUCUCAGUCGGCGGAUUACUCCAAGCCCCCACAGACCCUGACGGCUACCAUGCUGGAGAACUCGCAGAUUCUCAUCCACGACGUCACCGCCCACCUUUCCAGCUUCGAUGUGCCCGGCACCAUCCUUCCCCCCUCCGCCUCCAAGCCCCUUUCCACACUCCGCAUGCACAAGGCCGAGGGCUAUGCUCUCGACUGGUCCCCGCUCCAGCCCCUUGGCAAGCUCCUGACUGGUGACAAUGACGGUAUGAUCUAUGCGACUACCCGCACCGAGGGUGGUGGCUGGGUGACCGACACCCGCCCAUUCCUCGGCCACACCUCUUCAGUUGAAGAGCUCCAGUGGUCGCCCAACGAGCGCAAUGUGUUCGCGUCUGCCAGUAGUGACGGUAGCGUGAAGGUUUGGGAUGUGCGGUCCAAGUCUCGCAAGCCCGCCGUGGACGUUCACAUCUCCAAGAGCGAUGUCAACGUUAUGAGCUGGUCCAACCAGACCUUCCACCUUCUUGCGACUGGUGCUGAUGACGGUCAGUGGGCUGUCUGGGAUUUGCGUCACUGGAAGCCCGAUGCUGCGGCUCCUUCUUCCCAGAUUCGCGCAUCGCCUGUCGCAUCUUUCGACUUCCACAAGGAGCCCAUUACCAGUAUCGAGUGGCACCCAUCCGACGACAGCGUGGUCGCUGUGGGCUCGGCUGACAACACUGUCACUUUGUGGGAUUUGGCUGUCGAGUUGGACGACGAAGAGAGCCGAGAGGCGGGCAUGGCCGAUAUUCCCCCGCAGCUUCUUUUUGUGCAUUAUAUGGAUUCCGUCAAGGAAGUGCACUGGCAGGCUCAGAUGCCAGGUACCCUGAUGGCCACUGGUGGCAGUGGAUUCAGUGUAUUCAAGACCAUCAGUGUCUAG